CCCGCCUUAGCUUUAGGCUCCUCAGGUCUGGCUUAGGAACCUUGUAAAUUUAGUUGAGUUCUGCCCUUAAAAUGUAACCGCUGGGAACGCGUGCAGGAGGCUCAGAUGUUGCUUUUCCUCGCUGCGUUUGCUUCGUGGCAUCGGGCCGGGUGGUUGCAGCACGAGCCCAGGAGCCGGCGAGCACCCCCGGGCACCGGCCCCAGCUGGGCUGUUUGUUUUGUGCCGGGCACCGAGCAAGGGAGGAGAAAAACAGCAUUUUCCUGCCGUUUCUGAUUUCUCCGCUCUCGCUGACUUUUGUUUGUGGCUGAGGAGCGGCGGACGCGCGAGAAGGGGGCAGCGUGGCGCGGGACGGACGGACGGACGGCGCGGAGGGGGCCGUCGGGGGAGGCAGGGCCCCCACCACCGCCGCCUGAGCCCGAAGGCCGCUCCGCAGGCGGCAUCGCCGGUGGCCAUGGCGUCCCUGACCCGCGCCCUGCGGCGGGCCGCUCCCUGGAGAGCCCCCUGGCCCCUCAGCGGCGGCACCCCCGGCCCCACGGCGGAGAAGAGCGUGCCGUACCGCCAGACGCUGAAGGACGGGAGCGGCGACGGCCCCGGGCGUCCGCAGCCGCCGGCGGCAGCCGAGGUGGUGGUGGUGGGGGGCGGCAGCCUGGGCUGCCAGACCACCUACCACCUGGCCAAGAUGGGGGUGCGCGGCGUGACGCUGCUGGAGCGGGACCGCCUCACCGCCGGCACCACCUGGCACACGGCCGGGCUGCUGUGGCAGCUGCGGCCCAGCGACGUGGAAGUGGAGCUGCUGGCCCACACGCGCCACGUGGUGAGCCGGGAGCUGCCGGAGGAGACGGGGCUGCACGCCGGCUGGAUCCAGAACGGCGGCCUCUUCAUCGCCUCCAGCAAGCAGCGGCUGGACGAGUACAAGAGGCUCAUGUCGCUUGGGAAGGUCUACAGUGUGGAGUCCUAUGUCUUGUCCCCCUCGGAGACCAAGGACCUGUACCCGCUGAUGAACGUGGAUGACCUGUACGGCACGCUGUACGUCCCUAAGGACGGCACCAUGGAUCCUGCUGGCACCUGCUCAACUCUUGCCAGAGCAGCAACUGCCAGAGGCGCUGCGAUUAUAGAGAAUUGCCCAGUGACCGGUAUCCAGGUCAAAGUCGAUGAUUUGGGUGUGAAGAGGGUGUCUGCGGUAGAGACACCCUAUGGGACUAUACAGACUCCCUGCGUGGUGAACUGUGCAGGUGUGUGGGCCCCAACCCUGGGCCGGAUGGCCGGCGUUCACGUGCCGCUGGUGGCGAUGCAUCACGCCUACGUGGUGACGGAGCGCAUCGAGGGCAUUCAGAACAUGCCGAACGUUCGAGAUCACGACGCCUCAGUGUAUCUCCGUCUCCAAGGCGAUGCCCUUUCUGUGGGUGGAUAUGAGUCAAAUCCAAUAUUCUGGGAGGAGGUGUCUGAAAAAUUUGCUUUUGGCCUCUUUGAUCUGGACUGGGAUGUUUUCAUGCAACACAUUGAAGGUGCUGUCAACAGAGUGCCAGUGCUGGAGAAAACAGGAAUUAAAUCCACCGUCUGCGGGCCAGAGUCAUUCACAGCCGACCACAAGCCGCUCAUGGGCGAAGCCCCAGAAGUCCGAGGCUUCUUUCUCGGCUGCGGCUUCAACAGUGCUGGAAUGAUGCUCGGAGGUGGCUGCGGGAGGGAGCUGGCUCACUGGGUCAUCCAUGGGCGUCCGGAAAAGGACAUGUACGGCUACGACAUCAGGCGCUUUCCCCGCUCUCUCACCGACAACAACCGCUGGCUGCGCGAGCGAAGCCACGAGUCCUACGCCAAGAACUACUCCGUGGUCUUCCCCCACGACGAGCCCCUGGCGGGACGCAACAUGAGGAAAGACCCCCUGCACGAGGAGCUGCUGCAACAAGGCUGUGUUUUCCAGGAGAGGCAUGGCUGGGAGAGGCCUGGCUGGUUCAACCCCAAGGGAGCGGCUCCGGUCCUGGAUUACGACUACUACGGGGCUUACAAGCGGCAGCGUCACAGCAACUACAUGUACAACCGGCUGCUGGGGGACGAGUACACCUUCGACUUCCCCCCGCAUCACCACGUCAUCAAGAAUGAAUGCUUAACGUGCAGAAAUGCCCUGGCUCUCUUUGACAUGUCUUAUUUUGGGAAAUUCUACCUGGUUGGUCCUGAAGCGACCAAAGCGGCCAACUGGCUUUUUACUGCUGAUGUUAGCAAAGCACCAGGCUCAACUGUGUACACCUGCAUGCUGAACAGGCGAGGGGGUGUGGAGAGCGACCUGACCGUCAGCCGGAUCAGCCCCGGGAACCCGGCCUCGCCGCUGGCCCCCGCCUUCGAAGGGGAUGGCUACUACCUGGCUGUCGGCGGGGCCGUGGCGCAGCACAACUGGUCGCACAUCACCACGGUGCUGCAGGACACGAAGCUGCAGUGCAAGCUCCUCGACUGCUCGGAGGAGCUGGGCAUGCUGAGCCUGCAGGGCCCGCUGAGCCGCGCCGUGCUCCAGGACGUGCUCGACACCGAUCUCAGCAACGAGGCCUUCCCCUUCUCCACCCACAAGCUGGCGAAGGCGGCGGGAUGCACGGUCCGUGCCAUGAGGUUGUCAUUCGUCGGCGAGAUGGGCUGGGAGCUGCACGUGCCCAAGGCGGACUGCGUGAGGGUCUAUCAGGCGGUGAUGAAGGCGGGUGCCCGGCACGGCAUUACCAACGCCGGCUACAGAGCCAUCGACAGCCUCAGCAUCGAGAAAGGCUAUAGACACUGGCACGCGGACCUUCGCCCCGACGAUACCCCCCUCGAAGCAGGCUUGGCCUUCACCUGCAAGCUCAAGUCUGGCAUACCCUUCCUGGGACGGGAGGCCGUGGAGGCCCAGAAAGCCACCGGCAUCCCCCGCCGCCUUGUCUGCUUUACCACUGAGGAGAAGGUGCCGAUGUUCGGCCUGGAGGCCGUCUGGCGGGACGGCGAGGUGGUCGGCCACAUCCGUCGGGCAGACUUCGGAUUUGCCAUCGACAAAACCAUUGCGUACGGCUACAUCCGCAACCCCGCCGGGGGAGCGGUCUCGCUGGAUUUUGUGGAGAGCGGCCGCUACGAGCUGGAGCGGAUGGGAGUCGCCUACCCGGCCCGGGCGCACACCAAGUCCCCCUUCGAUCCGGACAACAAGCGAGUGAGGGGCAUUUACUGAGCGGCGGGUAACAGACGAGCCGGUGCUGGUGACAACGGGAUGGGGAGAGGGAAAAACGAAUGGCGAAAUUCCCAGGUCCCUGGGUGACCCCUCAGGCUCCCAGGGCUGCUGGGAGAACUGGGCUAACCUGCAGCCUGUACUGAACUCAUCAAGCAAAUUUGGGUCAAAUUAAAGGGGAAGAAGGAAAAGAGAUUCCAAAAAGGCUAAA